AUGGCUCGGCGUUUCCUUUUUACUUUUAAUCUUGAUAUUCGUUAUAUGCCCAGUGCAAAAAUACAUAUUCUUGAUUAUCCUGGUGAUGAAACUGAUUUUGAUGACUUAAAAUUCUCGUUUAAACGCCUUGCUGAAGCACAUGAAAUUCCUAAUAUUGAAGUAACAUCAAAAAUAGAAGAUGAACCAGCUGCAAACCUUGUUUUCUUAUUUUUAUCUGAUCCAAAACUUUUAUCAACAAAAGUUAGCCAUUUAACAACAUAUACAUCAUCAUUUUAUCCAACAAUAUGGGUUUUAGUUAAAGAAAAAUAUCAUCCACGUACAAAAGAAAAAAUUCCAUCAAUAUGGGAACCAUUAACUAAUGCACAAUUUUAUGAAGUACGACCAUCAAUUAAAAUAGCAAAUGAAAAAUGGAUUGGAACAAGAUUUACUAUUGGUCGACAAGAUAUUUUAGAAAUUAUGAACGAUAAAGAUAUUCAUAUGACUUUAUCACUUUCCUCUGAAGCUCAACAAAGAGGUAGUACUACUCUUUAA